AUGUCGGUAGCGCCGGCAGUGAAGCGCGAGCGCGACUGCGGCGGGCCCGGGCCGGGGUCGGCCAGCGCGGACGGCGACGGCGGCGGCAGCCCCGGGCGCAAGCGGCGCAAGCAGGCCGCGCCCGCGCGCGCGCACCCGCCGCCACUUGACCUGCACGCCAAGAUGGCGGACAUCUACAAGAGCGCCCUCGCCUUCGGGGAACUCACCCUGCCCACCUUUGACCCCCUCGCCGCGUUCCGUCUGCUCCCGCGACACGAUCCACCCAGAAUAUUCAACCCGGAGGCGUACUGCGACCUGUGCUGCAAGGAGUUCUGCAAUAAAUACUUCCUGAAAACACACCGGGCGAACAAACACGGCAUAUACGAUGGAGAGCCCCAACCGCAUCCUGGCAUGCCGCAACAACAGCAGACUACCCCGCCCCGGCGAUCUUCGGACGAAGAGUCCGGUGGAACACCGCGGCGCCUGUCACCAGACUCAGCGAGGCGAGCACGGGAGGCCGCCUUCCAACCUGAUGUUCUGCGACGAUUAGGAGUUACGAAUCCUGAAGCGUUCUGCGAAAUAUGUUGUAAAGAGUAUUGCAAUAAAUAUUUUUUGCGCACCCAUCGAGAGAGAAGACACGGUUUGGCUCCACAGAGGUCUCCAGCGAUCGACCACUCACCGUUAGCCGCGACAUCACCGUCCGCUCCUCUUUUACCGACAUCUCCACACAUUGAAACACCACCACGGGCUCUAUCGUUACCACCCCCUUUCGACACUGAAGAUCCCCCUGAAGUAAAACGUGAACAAGAAGAUAGGGAAGAUCUCGAAACUGUACUUAGAGAGAGUCAGACGAGUCCGCUGAAUUUGAUAGUAGAAGAGAGAGGAGCGGCGUCACCUGGUUCUGCAAGUGAGGAAUUACGCAAACUACAAACGAUGAUUUCUCAACUUAACGAACUGGCAGCGGAGCGUCUCGCAGACGAACCCAACGAGGCCCCGCGACCACCGUCCUCUUCCCCACCACCGCAAGACGAGAGACGUGGCGGUGCCGGAUCGAGCUUUUGCGAAAUUUGCAAUAAGGAGCUAUGCAACAAAUAUUUCAUGCGAACUCAUAUGCAACGCAUGCACGGUAUUUCUUUGGAGAGUGGCACACAACUAGGCGGAGUAACAUGUGAUAUAUGCCACAAGGAACUGUGUAGUAAAUAUUUUUUGCGAGUGCAUAAACACAACACGCACGGAAUACCAGCUCCACCGGCGCCGGCGAACGCCGCUCCUGCAGAACCUUGUCCGCUUUGCGCUCGUCGCUUUAGAGGACCGCGAGCUCUACGAGCUCACUUGCUAGCAGAACACGCUCCGCCGGCUCGACCUCCUCCACCCCCUCCUUUACCCCCGCGACCUCUAGAUCUUCUGACGCGCGAUAAACCAUACGCGUGCGCGUAUUGUCCUUUCACUACUGACGUCCUAGCUUUCUUGUUCGCUCACGAGCGCGCACACGUCCAGCGAGCCAACGAGCAGCAGGAGGGCGGGGAGGUCGAGCCGGAGGGCAGCGCCGAGCCGAGCGAGGGAGGCGAGGGGGAAGGGGAGAUGGAGGCGGACGCGUACUCGUGCUCGCGGUGCGAGUUCCGCGCCGAAGGGUUCGCCGCGCUGGAGGCGCACGUGCGGGGGGCGCACGGCGGCGCCGGCGCGCUGCUGGCCGUGCCGCGCGCGCCCCGCGCCCCGCUCACCAUGCAGCCCUUCGUGCUGGAGGAGGCGGGCGGCGCGCUGAGCCUGCUGCCGGCGCUGGUGUUCCUGCCGGUGCGCCGGCGGGCCACGCGCCGCGCCACCGUCACGCUCACGCUGACGCCGGCCUAG